CGCUCCUGCGCAGCGGGCGCUCAGCACCACCCCGCCCGCCCGGCACCGGCACCGGCACCGGCACCCUGGGCUCAGCGGCGCAGCCCCCUCCCGCCCCAAGGUGCCCCCGCGGCCGCCCCGGCAAGCCCGGGCUUGGCGCGGACGCCGGCGGCGCUGGGACUCCUCCUCCCGCCCGCGCGGACUUGCCGCGUCCUGUGACUGCAGUCAGGUGGUUGCGGCGCCUUUUCCCCUCCCUCCGGUGCUCCCCUUCCCUCCCUGCCUCCGGGGGGGCCGGCCCGGCCCAGCGGGAAGGCGGCCGAGGAAAGUUAGAGGGAAGUUACCGGGUGAGGAAAGUUGCGGCGAGACAGUCGCGGCCCCGGUAGUGCUGCUGCCCGCCUGUCCCUGCCCCGCCGAGCCGAGCCGAGCCGAGCCGAGCCGCCUUCCGCGGUAGGGCCGCGCCGGGCCGGGCCGCGGCGGCGGGGCGGUGGCGAGGAUGGCCGGGGGCGAAGGAGGGGGCUCCGGCGUGCCGGAGUGCCGGGAGCACCUCUUCAAGGUGCUGGUGAUCGGGGAGCUGGGCGUGGGCAAAACCAGCAUUAUCAAGCGGUACGUGCACCAGCUCUUCUCGCAGCACUACCGGGCCACUAUUGGGGUGGAUUUUGCUCUCAAAGUCAUCAACUGGGACAGCAAGACCCUGGUGCGGCUGCAGCUCUGGGAUAUAGCAGGCCAGGAGCGUUUUGGAAAUAUGACAAGAGUAUACUACAAAGAGGCAGUUGGUGCUUUUGUGGUCUUUGAUGUCACAAGAGGCUCCACUUUUGAGGCUGUUUCAAAAUGGAAGCAUGAUUUGGACAGUAAAGUACUACUUCCCAAUGGCAGCCCUAUCCCUGCAGUUCUUCUUGCAAACAAGUGUGACCAGAAAAAAGAUGGCAACCAGAAUCCCUCUCAAAUGGACCAAUUCUGCAGAGAAAGUGGCUUCGUUGGGUGGUUUGAAACCUCUGCCAAGGACAACAUCAACAUAGAUGAAGCUGCUCGAUUCUUGGUGGAAAACAUCCUUGCCAACUACAAAACCUUUCCUAAUGAAGAGAAUGAUGUGGGGAAACCAAAACUGGACCUAGACCCAUUGAAAGCAGAGAGUAAAUCACAGUGCUGCUAAUGCUACCACUGUUCAGUGUAAAUGUGAUGGAAUGAGCAGCAAGACUGUUCCUUAAAUCAAACUGCUGCUAUGGUGCUGCGUUGUGACAAUCCAUAUGGGGCGUCUGGUAUUCUCUGAAUAGGUGAUGCUUGUGGGUGUUUACAUACUCAGUUUCAUGCUAAACAAGAAUAUCUUGUGAGUUAUCACUUCACUUUCUUGAGUGGCUGCACCUAAGUCCAAUUAGUUUCUUACUUGAGAACAUAAGGUAGUGUUUACACUCUCCUAUAAAGGAAUGAAGAUAACAUUUGGUAUCUAGUUUGCUUCUAGGACAUGUGGUGCAUUCCAAAUAGGACUAUAGGACUUACUCAGCAUGAUUUUAGCUGAAUAGACACUUACACCUUUGCUAUAAACUUCUUUGUCACCAGUGAUGUCCCACUCUAGCCUUACUUUUCACUUGCACGUGUCCCUGUUUAUUAUCCCCACUAUGACGGUUUGUCUGAUUGCUAGUUCUCCUGGAUCAAGACAUCAUAGAAAUCUUGAAAUAGGUAGAAAUAGCUGAUGACCAAUGACAGGAGAUACCUUCCUUAAUAUGUUCACCACGACUGAGUGAAGUAGAUGGUGGUUUUCGCCACUGAGUAAGAACAAGAAGAUGGGAAAAAUGAUUGUAUUUGGCAGGAGGAAAACAUGAUCACAGAGAUACAUUUUUGUUGGUAUCUCUAGCCAUUAAGGCAAAUACUCUCAACUAAUACUUAGGAAACACAUUAAUGAAUAGAAUUGUACAGACAACACAAUUGUGGUAACUGCCCCCAUAUCACACCUAGAAAUAAACAUCCAGAAAAUUUCAUGCACUAACACUGGAGACUGGCAAGAGCUGCAAAAAGUAAAUAUUGCUGUCGUGUGAUUAAUGAAUCAAAAAACUCCAUACUCUAACUCUUUCAAUUUUAGAAAAGUGCUGCACUCUACUUGGGGCUGGCGAACUGGCUUACCAGUCUGUAACUCAGUGUACUGAGAUGCUUAAAUUUCCUUGUUAUAACUCACAUGCAUUUCUGGAAGCAGGUGAAGGUCAAAAGGGAGCAGAGACUUGCUCUUACAGUUCUUGAAUAUGUUCUUGAACUCUGGCUCUGCUUGGCUGAGAGGCUUUGAAGUUCCCUUUUAUCUUAAGGGCUUCUUAAGUCCUAGCACCGUGAUUGCUACUGAUUUCUGAAAUCUUAGCUUGCUUGGUCUGAUGGUUACUUAAACAUAAGCAUGAGGUAUGUGCCAGAUUGAUACUUUAAUAUGUAUUAAGAUUUCCUUGUCUGUCUUUCCUCUGAAGAGUAACAUACUUUUAAAGACAAAUAAAUAUAUUUGGGCAUCUUA